UGGGAGGGAAGGGAGGAUGUGUGCUUUGAUCUUGGGGCUGAGGGAGUUUGAAAUGAGGAGGGAUGACCCCUAUAAAUACAGACAAGCUGUGAUGAGGGGGCCAGUUAAAACUCUCCCAGCACCAGAACAGACCGGCAAACUCCUGAGAAACCUUUUCCUGCACUCUGGACAGAACUUUUCAUUCUGGUUUUUCCAUCUAAAAACAAAGGGAUAUACUUCUUCUGGCCUCUUUCAGGACGAAACUUCAGGACUCUGCAGCCAUGAGGGGACAUUUUUCUAUCGAAUGGAUGGCCCAGAGCAGCCAGCCGGCAGGGACAGAGACCGUCUCUGCCUGCGGGACGCAUUCAGAGAGUCUGCCGGGUUUUUACUGCAGACAAAAGUCUGAAAAUUUAGCCGAGCAGCAAGAAAACAGGAGCCAGGGCCUCGAUGCUUUCGGUCUGAGCACUCUCCAGCACCAAACCUCUCACGGCAGUCAAGUGACUGAGGCGGGUUUCAGCAGCGGGACGGAGGAGGAGACCUCCGGGUACGAGAGCGAAGGGGGUCAGUCCCUCUCCCCGUCGGCCCCCACCGACUGUGCCUCCACCCCACCAGCGUCCCCUCCGUCGGGGAGGAGACCCCGGACGGCCUUCACAGCGGAGCAGAUCAGCAGCAUGGAGAGGGCCUUCAAGAGGAACGCUUAUCUGGGAACACAAGACAAGGCCGAGCUCUGCAAGAAGCUCAACCUGUCUGACAAACAGAUCAGAAACUGGUUCCAGAACAGGCGGAUGAAGCUGAAGAGGACGGUGCAGGACGCCCUGGCUCACGCCUGCCAGGCAAACGUCGCCUCUCAGUUGAUGCAUUACCCCGAGCUGCAGGCCUACAGGCCGGGGCCCUACCCGAGGUAUCACUCUGCAGCAGCAGCACAGGAGGGCCCGGCUGCCGCCGCCUACGUCCAUCCACACAGCCUGCAGUACAGCUCUCCUCUGCCCAGCGUCUCUACGCUGCCCCUGGACUCUUUUUACCAGUACGGCAGCCUCUCGGGAGUCAUGCUGCCCUCUGCCACGACUCAGCUCAUGGGGUCCUACCCGACUUACCCUCAGUAUUACUGAUACUGCCCCUCAGUCACUGCCUGAUGAGCCUGUGCAGCUACUUUAAUCUUUACUGUUUCACUGAGACAAAAUGAGAUUGUACUGAUUAAACAGUUUGAACAUACAAAUGUUGCUGCUCAUCUAAUCCUGACAGGAUCGAUGCUAAUGGAAACGGAUGGUUUAUAAGAAACAUGGCACAAUUACUGCUGUGAAGCUUGAAUGUUGAUCACGAAUCAAACAGGGUGGUGUGCAAUAUUGUGAUUUGUGUGUGUAUCUCUGCUUACCUGAUGUAUAGUUUGGAUAUAUUUAAAUUUGAAUCUAUGAAGUGUCUUAUUAGAUUUGUGUUGUUAUGUAAUUGUGAAAUCAGAUCAGAGCUAAAAUAAAUUCAUUAUUAAAACGUUA